AUGGGUUCGGCAGACGCCGACCGAGUUGAUGCAGCCGAGUCUGUGCCGGUCACUGUUUUCAACGACGAUGAAAAGAAAUCGCACUACAUCAAAGAUGAAGCUGGUGAUCUAGCAGUCAUGGCCAUUUCGGCCGGGCAAGUUGACCCAGCUGCCAGUAAACGAGUGCUUCGAAAGAUUGACCUGCACAUCCUUCCAUUUCUGUGCAUCACUUACGCUCUGCAGUUCAUCGACAAGACCUCGCUUGCAUAUUCGUCAGUUUACGGCAUUAUCAAAGACAAUAACCUUCAUGGAUCCCAAUUCUCCUGGUGUGCGAGCGUGUUCUACUUUGGCUACUUGUUGGCCGAAUACCCUGGCGUGGUAAUUCUGCAAAAGUUCUCCGUUUCCAAGUUCCUCGGCAUCAACAUCAUCCUAUGGGGAGGUGUGCUCAUGACCACGGCGGCAUGCUCCAGCUUUGCAGGCCUUGCGACUGUCAGGUUCAUCCUGGGCAUGACGGAAGCAACCAUCUCGCCUGGCUUCGUCGCUGUCACCGGAAUCUGGUGGUCUCGUUCGGAACAAGCUGGACGAUCGGCCCUUUGGAUAUCAUUCCUUGGUGUGGGAGGCUGCGUCGGCGGUUUGUUGGCGUAUGCCAUUGGCCAUAUUUCAGGGAGCUUGCCGCCAUGGAAAUACAUCUUCAUCAUUCUAGGUGCCAUUACGGUGGUAUGGGGGGUAGUGUUUAUUCUCUUUGUCCCAGAUGGUCCCGCCACUGCCAGGUGGUUAAACGACGAAGACAAGGUUGUUGCCGUCCAACGUGUUGCUGAAAACCAGACUGGAACCGGCCGUAACAGAAAGCUGGAUAGCAAACAGAUUGUCGAGGCCAUUGUCGAUCCUGCAGUGGUCAUUCUUGGGCUGAUAUCAUUUGUCAAUGCCAUUGGUAGUGGUGGCUUAACAUUUGGUCCUCUAAUUGUGCAAGGUCUUGGGUUCAGUCCCAUCAAUACCAUCUUGGUGCAGCUGCCGUUGUCGGUUGUCCAAACAGUUGCUCAACUUGGAUCAGGUCUCUUUACAAGCAAGGUGGCAAGCUCGCGACUACAUAUUGGCAGUGUUGCCAUGAUACCAGCAAUCAUUGGCACUUGCCUCAUCAACAAUCUUCACCAUGAUAAUAAAUGGGGCCGCCUUGUCGGUGUCUGGCUUGUAGGAACGUAUCCCGUCGGAUUUUUGAUCAUCCUUGGACUGUUGUCUUGCAACAUUGCCGGUAGCACAAAGAGGUCUGUCGCCAACGGCUGGGUGUUUGUGUGCUAUUGUGUGGGACAGAUUGCAGGACCCCAAUUCUUCAAGAGCAAUGAAGCUCCGACGUAUAAGUCCGGCAUUAUUGCCAUGCUGUGUGCCUUUUGCAUUAAUUUCGCGCUCAAUCAGAUUUUGCGCCUGAUUUAUGUGCGAGAGAAUAAAAGGCGAGAGGCUCUGCUUCAAGGGCGCUCGGAACAGGAAGUCGCAGAUCUCAAAAGACAGGGCGAAUUGCAGGGGUUUGAAGACGUGACGGACAAGAACAAUGCCAUGUUUCGUUAUACUCUGUAG